ACAAAAGUUUAAAAAAAAUUUAAAAUGAAUAUUUCGCAAAAAGUUUUAAUUAAACAAAAAAAUAAAUUUAAAAAACAAAAUUAACAAAAAAUUUAAUUAAAAAAAUCAAGUGCUAAUUCUUACUAAGAGCUUCCUUUUUAAAAAAUUUCCCCUAAAACGUUUAAAACUUUUAACAAAAUUCUUCCCUCUUUUAACGUAAAAAAGUUUUCGGUUCUUUUAUUUUUGCGUUAAAAAGUCUAAAUUUUCGUUUUUCCCCCUUUAUUGUCCCCUUAUUUUGAAGUAAAACUAACUUGAACUCAAACAUGUCUACUGGUCGUCGUUUAGCUAAACGCUCUAUAAUCGGCACUAAAGUUUGUGCUCCCGGACCCGAUGGUCUUUGGUAUUCGGGUGUUAUACAAGAUGUUAAAACACCACCCUCGGCAACGGUAACUAGUGCAACGGCUAGCUCAUCUAGUUCACCACCACAAGAAACCAAAUACAUUGUACGUUUCGAUUUUAAGACCCAAGACAGUGCCAUGGAAUCACGUCGUGCGGUUAGUGUUCAUAUAAGUCCGGCUCAGUCGUUGCGUCGUAAUGCUAUGAUUAAAGAAUUUCUUGAAUCGGAUUUAAUCGGUCCCGGUUUUCGUUCGAUAAUGGGUGUUAAACUGCAAUCGGGUCAGCGUGUCUAUUUAACGUAUAAUGGUCGUGAGACAUCAGGAGAUGUGAUUACACAUGAUCACGAAAAGGAUGAGGUUCUGGUGAAGAUCACAACUAUUGGAAGUGAGGUAAGUGAUAAAGGUUUUAUGUUUUAAAAUUAUAUACUAAGAUAGGGUCUAGUAGUGUAGGAAUAAAAACUUUUUUGUUGACUCAAAUGGUCGAAAAUUUGGUUGUUUGAAAGAUUCGUUACAAACAAUCCUUUGAACAUUCCUGGGUCCCAGGUAAAAAUUAAAUUUUUUCGGUUUGUUAGAGAGAUGUAGGGAAUGCAUCUGAAUGUAAGACUUAGCAACAAAUAAGGAGGUAGUUUCAGAUCUCAAGCGUUUAUCCUUUUAUCCGAUCUCGUCUGUAAUUCCUGGAUUAACAGAAGUCUGUUCAAGAAAAGCUAUUUCGUGCAAAAAUUUCAUGAGAUUCUUUUGACUUUUCUCUUGAACAAAACUCUAGCUACUUAUGAUCUGGGUCGAACUUCUGUAUAAAGUUUUGAUCUGGAACUACUAGAUGAUUUUUAGAAGUCUAUGUGUAUCUGAUUUUAUUUAUAUGUGUAUCGGAUUUUAUGUCCUUAUUUAGCGUCUCGAGAGUGGACUCCUAUAAGAGGUUUUAGCUUCAGUAUUUAACUUUAGCUUUAGAUUUCAAAAUCUCACCAUAUUCACCUCGUUACCUCGUUUUUCCCGGUGGAAAGAAUCUAUUAAUUGGCUGAUGCAAAAACAAAGUUCUUCAAGACAUCACUUAAAUUGGAAAGAAGUGGUGGAGUAACCUUUUCCUCAAAAAUGUAAGAGAGAUUCAUUGGAGUUUUUUUCAAGCUCUCCUCCUUUGCUCUGGACAAUCUGUGUAUCCAUUUCUGGGAACCUAACUUGCUUCACUCACUCACUACUACAAAGUAAUGCGAACAAUGCAAUAUUUUGCCCUGAAAAUUCUAGCUUCAAUGGACAAAGUAGGAUCCUCUGGUCUGUUCGUGAAAUCUUAUUCAUGUUCCUAAGCGAUACAAACGAUACAAUCUCCGUAACCAAUCUAUGUUUAUUACUCUUCUCUGCCUCGUCAAUUUUACUAACCAAAAAACUUAUAAGGGAUUCAUUCUUCUCUGUAGACUCUUCUUCUUUACUUAAAUCAUUCUAAGCAUCCAUUUUUUAUAUCUUAAGUUUCGAUAUUCCCGAAGAAAUUCUUUUUAUGCCUCGAAAAUUUUAACUCUAACUGACAAAGUUAGUUUCCCUAUCCAGUUUAUAACAAUCUACUUAUAAUAAACCUCUUCCAAUUCGCUUUUGAAAAAGUCCAACUAUCUCUUGAAAUAAAGACCUACUGGUUAUUUUUAAGAAAUAGAAAUACCUCUAGUCUGUCGGGACUAUAAAAAGGUGAAGUCAAAUGUAUCCUCGGACUUUCUUUGGAAUGAUUUGACAUGGGUUCGAACCAGGGAGUCUUAUAAUCUGGUACCAAGGGAACCAGUAGCCCAUAGGGCAGAAUUUCAGACUUUGUCUUGUCCCAGUUAUUGGUCCCUUCGGACUGAAAGAGAAGAGAAUGUUGGUUAAAAGAUACAUUGUAAAGUCUUUAAUUCGGGAUAAGUUCUGUGCUGUUGCCGAGACAACAGAUAUCCAGCAGAGGAGUGACUGUAGGUCUAAGCGGAUGACAGAAAGUUCACGUACGAAAGUGAGAGGUUGAAGAUAUCUUUUGGGGUUAGCAAGACAGCACCCAAGAUCUUAGCUCUGCGAGACCCUAAUGUUAGACAGUUACAUUAGAUAUGUUCUGAGAUUUCAUCUUGUAGGCCACAGAAUCUGCAUAGUUUCGUUGAAGAGUUGCCUAGAAUGAAUUGAUGGUAUCUGUGACCACAAUGUCCAGUAAGUAAUCCCGUUAGUACUCUGAGAUCGCUUUUAUUGAGCGCUAAUAGCUUUUGGGAUUUUCCCUUUGACAGUGUAAUAAAACGUUUUGUCUGUCUGAGACCUGGUAUUGCUUUCCAAUGGCGAAAAAAUUCAGAUUUCACUCAAGAGUCACAUUUAGCUAUGGCGUAUCCUCGGGGAAUGCCAAAGAUUAGUUGACGACGAGCUCCCCUAUUUGCCAGAGUGACCCUUAUGGCAAGGUACCCAACACAAAGUCAGUUUGUUAUGUUUGCC